AUGGAACUUCUCCCUCUGCUGCUACUACUGCUCUUUACAACUGUUUCAGGGAAAUCCCAUGUGCAUUGGAGGGGACUCUUGUCAACUGUCAACUGUGCUACAAGCCUCUCAGCACUCGCUUAUAUGAGCUAUGGCUGCUACUGUGGCAUUGGAGGAAGUGGUUGGCCCCGGGACAGAGCUGAGUGGUGCUGCCAAAACUUUGGCUGCUGUUAUAGCAAGGUUGAGGAAGCUGUUUGUUUCCCUACGAUGGAACGCUAUAAUUGGGAAUGUAGAGACCAGAGGUUGGGAUUUGGUGCCAACCUGAACAAGUGCCAAGAAAUAAUGUACAAAUGUGACAAGGAAAUUGCCCACUGCUUGGCCACAGCAGAAUAUAAUGCAAAGACAUUUUCUUCUUCCACCUCCGUUGUGGAGAUAAACAGUGGAAGUGUGACCGAUAUACCUCGGAAAUUUUCUUUUUGA